UUUGAAUAGAACAUAAAACGAAAUUAUAAUCUUUUCCAAAAAUAGAUAACUUUCAUCAAUAGUUUUUACCCAAACAGAAUAUCUUGUUUUACUGCCUUUUUGAUAUACUUUGUCAUGGAUACUGCUUUUGGUACAACCUUUACGAAAGAAAAGCUAAAAAGUACAGAGCAUGAAUGGUACAGACUAUUUUAACCAGGUAAUCAAGCAGAGUACAUUGUGUAAAAUGGAUGUAUGUUAUUUUUGGUUUAUGAAUGUUUUGACUGGUUUAAGCAUUUUACUAAAUCUUCACGAUAUCCAAAGUUUGAAAACGUCUGGUGUAUGCAAGCAGCACGACGGAUCGCAUCGAUGCUGCAGCAACUAUCGACAAGAAGGUCAACAUUGUAUCCCGUGUGUUGGAUCUUUUGGUAUCAACUGUUCAGGAAGAUGCGUUGACGCUUUCUAUGGCUUUGGAUGUCUGAGUCGCUGUAACUGCAGUGGAGACCAAAUCUGUGACCAUGUUGUCGGAUGUAAAGAAGACAAGACAAAGCAUGAUACAGAAUCUACAAGGAUAUAUAUCUUAAGCCUGUCGUCUGGAUUUAUAAUCUGCUUACUGGUUUUACUGGUCAUAGUUGCAAUGAAAAGAAAAAUGACACCAUCUCGACAUUACCAGCAAGAACUUGUUAAUACGGAGAGUACACCCGAAGAAUAUUCAUCUCCUGAGCAUCAGGGGUACUCGGAAAAUGAUUCAAGGCAAAUGUUAUCAAUUGUAAACCCAGAGCAUCGAUUUAAAGAGUCACAGAGCAGUAAAUCGAGAUCCGAGCACUACGAAUCCAUGAAGUCAAAACCUGUGUCAAAGGAAGUCAAAACUAUUUCUAUAUGAAGGUACUUAAAAUCACCCUAGAGAAAUAACGUUGUUCAUUUGUAAACGAUUCGAGGUCUACCUAAAGGGAAAGUAAAAGAGAGAGUAAAAAUGUUUUGCAUCUUUUAAAAACUGUCUUCAUAUGAUGUUGCUAAUAUGUGAUGAAAAAUAUGAUUAACUUUAUGAUCCUAAAACUAAAAUUAAUAUACAUGGAGGGAUUUCUU